GAUUUCUGACAGACCAGAAAUCGAAUCGCCCAGACUGCAGAAAAGGAGAGGGACUUUUUGAAGAUAAAAAAAAAACCCUCUCCUUGACUUGCAUUUCAAAACAACAGACCCUUUCUCAAGAAAAAAGGAAGAAAAAAGUUACAAGAGGUGAACAGGAAAGUGGGUAUGAGGUAGAGCUCUGCACAGGUCCACCACAGACGUCACAUGGUGUGGAUUUCCGCUUUGACAUAUUUCACAGCACAGCGAGGUUGGGCCUCACAACCACUGAAAAGCUGCAGCAGCAACACAUGAUGGUGCUUUGAGGACUACUCUACCAUGCAGUCCACUAUGAAUUUCAAUGGAUUUGAGCGCCAGAGCAGCCAAGACAAUUACAUUGUGGAUAACACUCCGAGGAAGAAGUGUUCCCUGUGGUACCGGCGCUCACUGAGGGGAAACAAUGAGCGACCCCGGCAGAACACAGCAUCUCUGCCCAGAGUGCGCAAGGUGAGACAAUAAAUCAAGUCUUAAAUACUGCAGCUUUGACAUUCUUCUGCUUUUUUGACAUCAUUUUAGAAAACAAAAAGCGUCAGAUUAGAAAUGGUUCAUUCAGUUGAUUUGAGUGAAAAGCACUCCACCGAUUUUACAGCAGCAGCUUCUGCAACAGGGCAAAAGCUCUUCAACUAUUUUAAUCUUUAAAGGUUAUGUAACUCACAUAUGUAAUGCUUUAGGCUCAACACGUACAGGUUUACACAUUCAACAAUUUUAACAAAGGAACUCUGCAUUUCUCCUUCACAGCAUAAACAAUCCUUCUCCACCUCACUGGUUGACUAUUCCGACCCUCAAAGGUAAAUACAAAAACUGAUGUGCAAUAGAUCAUGAAGUAGAAGAUCUCUCCUUCAGUCUUGCUGCACAUAAAUGACUGUAAAUAUUACAUUUUCUUGAAGUUUGCAUGUAGAACAUAAAGAGCAGAUCCUACAAUAUGUCAUUUUCUCUUUUUGCAUGUUUUUUUUUCUGCACAGGACCUCAAUUCUCCUGGAAAAGCAAGACAAUGAAACAUUUGGAUUUGAAAUUCAGGUAGGCCUUUUUAUAUUCUUUCAGCACCUGUACAUCUUACGUAAAUCUUAAGCUUAACUCUAUUGUAAGGUGUCAUUUUGUGGAAUAAAUGUAUUUACUUUGUGAUGAACUCUCUGUUAUAGACUUAUGGGCUGCAGCUGAGAGACAGCUCUGCAGUGGAGAUGUGCACAUUUGUGCGUAAGGUGCAGGAGGACAGUGCUGCUGAGAGUGCUGGUCUGACCGCAGGUGAGCCACCCUUAUUCGCUUCGGCACAUACGAAACCACUUGAUCUUGUUACACCUUGCUGUCGAUUUUAGACUCACAGUUAGAGCUCUCACCACAUGUGCACAUAUGUAUCCCACCCACACAUAGACUUCUCAUGCAUCAACACAAUAGAAACACAACUUAACUUCUUGUAACUGAUUUCUUCCCUUAUCUGCAUCCUCAUUUGUUACAGGCGAUAUUAUCAUCAAUAUUAAUGGGGCCAGCAUUGAAGGACUGUCUCAUGAGCGCAUACUUGACCUGAUAAGAGAGUCAACCAACAAGCUGAAGUGAGUGAUGGAAAUGAAGACUUGAUGGAUGUUGAUGUAUCCCCAAAUAUUAGCUGCACAACCUAGAAGUUAAAAAAAGACUUACUUUGGCUUUUUAUUGUUCAAUAAGCAGAAUCUGUUGAAUGCUAAAGCUACACAAAGUCAAGAAGUAAUGACUCUCUCGUUAAAAACUAUGGACUAUUUUUGUUGGACAACCUCAAACAACUUUAAUUAUAAAACCUUUUUUUAACCUUUUGUUUUCUGGUGAUAGUGUUUGUAAAAGUAUGCUUUGUGUUUUUCCAGGAUGGAGACUGUAAGUGGCACUGUCCUGAAGCAGAUUGAGCUGAAGAAGAAGCUGAACGUGCUCAAGGUGUGUCUCUCUCUCUCUCACCCUGCCCAUGUUUGUUGUUGGUUGGCUGUUUGUGAAACUACCAACUGUCACUUAAUCACCCAGCUGGUGAAAAUAACAGCAACACUGACGUGCAUUGGUAAAACACAAGCUGACCUACUGACGUAUAAUACCCAAAUGUGUCUCAAGUGAAUGCAGGAAGAUUUGCAUGUCCUCAUACAGUAGUGUUACUGCUCUGAAUGUGCAGGCUUAGCUGGAAGUAAAACCUGCUUUUUUUCUGUCUAUACAGCAAUCACUUCAAGAGAAACUGGUGGAGCUGCAAGCGCUUACAUUACAGGAAAAACGCCUCAUGCGAGGUGAGAGCCUGCUCAGCUGUCAAACCACAGCACUUCCUUUCUCACAGCGAUUGUCCUCUCUGAAACUUUGUGAUGCGACAUGUAGUGUAAACUCCUGUGAAUACCAAUAAAGGAGUUCCCCAUAAAAUCAAACAUAGAAGCUGCUGAUAAACUUCUUUUGCAGACUUAAACUGCAACUCUUUGUAUGUUUCCAGGUGACAUGAACAGCAGCAGCCUCCAGCUCUCCAUGGACCAUCCAGCCAUGCAGAGCUCCCCUACAACUCGCUUUAGCUGCCGUUUCUCCAGCAGCAGCAGCUUCAGGAGUGUGAUGACUGAUGACAGUGAACAAACCAGUGUGUUCGGGGACCUGUGCUCUCCAAGCCCCAGCAGUGCAGCCAGCAUUUCAGACGAUAGCUGCUUCUUCUCCAGAGAUUUUCACACAAAGGACAGCUCCAAACGGUUUUCGUCCGGCUCCAGCCAUGAUCAUUACAACCAACACCAACAUCUCUGUCGCUCCAGCAGUUCUAGUUUGGCCUCCAGCAGCAGCUCUCUCUCCUCACCGGUCUGGGAGGAAACAAGGAUCUCCUCCUUGUUUGGUACUCUGCCUCGUAAAGGCAGGAAAGCCAGCGUUCGCAAACACAUCUUCAAGUUGAUACCUGGACUCCAGCGAUCAGUGGAGGAGGACGAGACGAUCACUCAGUGACGUAUUGUUGUGAUGCCUCUCGUACCCUCUUGAUACAAAGGGCCGACAAGGUUUCUCAUUUUGUAACAGACUAAAGAGACACUCCAAUGACAUGCUUUAUGUCAGUUAAAGGAACAUUGCAACCCUUUAAAUAAAUAAGGGCUGGUUUUCAUGGAAAGGAGACAGACUUUUUCACAGGAGUGGCAUUAAGAAUGUACAAGCACAUACGAUAAAAGCGUUCAUUUACAUCUCAGUAAUCUGAUCGAUGUUAUAUGAAAGUGUAUAUUGUCUUUUCACUCAAAACAGUUGCAAAACCGCUUAUUGUUUAAUACUUUGGGGUGGCCAGAUUCUAUGAGUGGCCAUGGGACAGACACAAAUGACAUUUUUGCACUUAGCUUUCAAAGACUCUCUGAUUCUCUAAGGUGAACCUGGAUCACUGCUUGGCUUUAGCUUAUUAAGGGUUCAAAACAUUAUGAAAAUGUAACAUGACUUUUCUCUGAAUGUAGCCUGUGCGAAAAGAUUGUAUUGUUUGAUGUAUGAGGUUAUGUUUGCUGCCAGUCUGACUUCAAGACUAAAUCACCGUGAUCAGCAUUAAUCACAUCAGUCUAACCUGCAGUAGCUGAACUUCUGUAGCAACCUUGAAUUUUACUAUAAGAUUUUGUGCAUCAAGUCAGGUAAAGUUUGAGUAUUUCUGUCACGUUCAGGUGCACAACCAAAACCAGAUCUCAUCUCAUUUUAGAUGUCUGCUCAGCUGAAAACAGGAUGUGGGUGUAAGAGGCACCACUGAGAACUGUUUUCAUUUCCAAAAUUAUGCACAAGCUGUAUAGCUCAUAUUUUCUGUGUUAGCUGAGAGACACAGACGCUAUAUUUGAAAGGCUGAAUGUACAAAAAAACGGUUUCACUUGCAAGAAAAUGCCACUUCAUUAAAAAACCUCAUACCUAUUUUUAUUGCAUCAACUCAAGUUUGAAUGCAAAACUUCAAACAUAAUAAACUUGAGAAGUUUUA